AGCAGCGAAUAAAAACUGGUUGGGGUGCGACGACAGCGACAGCAGCAGCAGCAGCGGCGGCAGCAGCGACAUCGUCUUUCAUACAGAAUAUCGUCAGCACCGCCGGCGGCAGCAGCACCAGCGGAGGAGGAGAGCUUUUGAUAUGUCAGUCAUAAUUGGAAGAUAGAAAAAAAUAAUAGCUCCUUCUGUUACAAACACACACACACUCACUGUGUUCUUUUAAUCGAUUUCGAUCAAACAAACCCCUUUUUUGUUGAUUAUUUCUAAAGGAAGUAAAACGUUAGCUACAAGCAUUAAAUCCACCCCCCCGUCAUCAAAAGUGCUCGCGUCAAAUGAAACUCGCAACCGAGUCAAGUGCAGAAAUUUGCGGUUACCAAGAGCCAGAGGCUUCCAUAGAGAGAACCACCCGGGCCUAAUCAUCAGAAAUGAAUAAAUUUUGGGUGCUGACCAAUUUGAUUCAAAAUUCGAACGUGUAUCCAAUUCCUAAAGUUGAGCAUCCGCACCAUCAACAGUCGGAUCAACAACAACACCCUCCGCCGUCGCAACAUCCGCAGCAACAGCAGCAGCAUCAACAGCCGCCUCCGUCCCACCAGCCGCCAUCGUCGACGACGUCGUCCAAGGGUGGAGGAAGCCGGCAUCCCCCAGGUGGCAACCAUCCGUUAGGGCCGGCUGCGCCUGGACUCUACCAUCAGCCGGGUGGCGUUCCUGGUCCAACGCCACCAAGCGCCAGCUCGGCUCCAACUGUACCCCCAUCGGCCAUAGGACCGUCACACUUGACGAAUCUUUCCGGACCUGCUGCCAGUGCGCACAGUAGUAGGGGCAGCAGUGGACAUCCGGCUGUACCGCCCGGUGCACACUUACAGUUGAACGGGACGGUGCCGUCAGACCAUACGAAACCACAGUAUUUAGGCAACAUGCAGGUGCACCCGGCACACAGUGGCAGCGGCCAUCAUCCGCCUCCGCCGCCGACGCAGGGUCCACCGCAGGCGCAUCCGCCUCCUCCGCAGCCGAUACCGAUCGUGAAGCCGGAGUUCAAGAUGCCCUCGUUACCUGCCCACCUGAUGGACGUGCGCGGUCCGGACGGGUCGAUCGUCAAGAUCAACAUGCCGGAGCACCACGAUCCGAGCAAACCGCCCAACAACGUCGAAAUGUUGAAAGUCAACAUCGAGGAUCUCAGUCAAUUUCUGUCGUACCACGAAGUCUUCGGAAAGCUACCUUCCGACAUGCUAACGGGCCCGUCCGCUAGCCUAGUGCCAUCUUCUGCUACCAAUACCGCGACGACCAGCUCCGGUCACAGUAAUGGUAAAUUGAACCACGUCCGUAAUCUUCCUCAAGGCGAAUCGCCAUUCAAGUGCAGCUACUGCGCCAAAAGUUUUACCCGGAAGGAACACCUCACGAACCACGUGCGCCAGCACACCGGCGAAUCGCCCUACCGCUGCCCGUACUGUGGCAAAACCUUCACCCGGAAGGAACAUCUCACGAACCACGUCAGAUUGCACACGGGCGAAACUCCCUACCAGUGCACAUACUGUGGGAAGAAAUUCACCAGAAAAGAACACCUUACCAAUCAUGUCAGGUUACACACCGGAGAGACCCCGUUCCAGUGCACUUAUUGCGAGAAGAAGUUUACGCGAAAAGAGCAUUUGACAAAUCACACGAGGUUACAUACCGGCGAAACUCCCUUCCAGUGCUCGUACUGUCAGAAGAAAUUCACCCGCAAAGAGCAUUUAACGAAUCAUGUCAGAUUACAUACUGGAGAAACCCCCUUUCAGUGUACCUAUUGCGAAAAGAAAUUCACGCGCAAAGAGCAUUUAACGAAUCAUGUCAGAAUACACACUGGCGAGACCCCGUACCGGUGCACGUAUUGUGAGAAGAAAUUUACCAGAAAAGAGCGUUUGACGUAUCACAUAAGAUGGCACACCGGAGAAACUCCUUAUCAUUGCACAUAUUGCGAGAAAAAAUUCGCGCGAAAAGAACAUUUAACGAACCAUGUCAGAUUGCAUACCGGUGAGACGCCCUAUCAUUGUACCUAUUGCGAGAAAAAAUUUACCCGCAAAGAGCAUUUAACGAAUCAUGUCAGAUUGCACACUGGAGAGACUCCCUAUCAGUGCACAUAUUGCGAGAAGAAAUUCAGUAGAAGAGAGCGUUUAACGAUUCACACAAGAAUACAUACCGGAGAGACCCCUUAUCGGUGCACAUAUUGUGAAAAGAAAUUUACCAGAAAAGAGCGUUUAACGUAUCACAUAAGAUUACAUACCGGAGAGACCCCCUAUCAGUGUACCUAUUGCGAGAAAAAGUUUACCCGCAAAGAGCAUUUAACAAAUCAUGUCAGAUUGCACACCGGAGAGACUCCCUAUCAGUGCACUUAUUGCGAGAAGAAAUUCACUCGAAAAGAGCAUUUAACCAACCACACAAGAUUGCACACCGGAGAGACUCCCUAUCAUUGCACCUAUUGCGAGAAGAAAUUUAUGCGAAAAGAACACUUGAAAAAUCACGUCAGAAUCCAUACCGGAGAGACCCCUUAUCGGUGCACAUAUUGUGAAAAGAAAUUUACCAGAAAAGAGCGUUUAACGUAUCACAUAAGAUUGCAUACUGGAGAAACUCCCUACCAGUGUACGUACUGCCAGAAGAAGUUUACGCGAAAAGAACAUUUAACCAAUCACACCAGAUUACACACUGGCGAAACUCCCUACCAUUGCACUUACUGUACGAAGAAGUUCGCUCGCAAAGAGCAUCUCACAAACCAUCUCAGAUUACACACUGGCGAGACUCCCUACCAAUGCACGUACUGUUCGAAGAAGUUCACUCGAAAAGAACAUCUCACAAACCAUCUCAGAUUGCACACCGGGGAAACUCCCUACCAAUGUAACUAUUGCCAAAAGAAGUUCACCAGAAAAGAACACUUAACGAACCACGUCAGAUUACACACGGGCGAGACUCCUUAUCAGUGCUCGUAUUGCCAGAAGAAGUUUACCAGAAAAGAGCAUUUGACGAAUCAUACCAGAUUGCACACUGGAGAGACUCCUUAUCAUUGCACCUAUUGCGAGAAGAAAUUUAUGAGAAAAGAGCAUUUAACGAACCAUGUCAGAUUGCACACCGGAGAAACUCCCUAUCAGUGCACAUAUUGCGGGAAGAAAUUCACCCGAAAAGAGCAUUUAACCAAUCACAUCAGAUUGCACACUGGAGAGUCUCCUUAUCGGUGUGAGUACUGUAACAAGUCAUUCACCAGAAAAGAACACCUCAAGAAUCAUAUCAGGCUUCACACCGGUGACUCACCGCACAAAUGCGAGUACUGCAACAAGACGUUCACUCGGAAGGAGCAUCUCAACAACCACAUGCGUCAGCACAGCGGGGACAAUCCGCACUGCUGCAAUGUAUGCAACAAGACCUUCACCCGGAAGGAGCAUCUGAUUAAUCACAUGAGCCGGUCUCACACCGGCGAGCGUCCGUUCCAGUGCGAUGAGUGCGGUAAGUCGUUCCCGCUCAAGGGUAAUCUGCUGUUCCAUGCGCGAAGCCAUACGAAGGGACAACCGAUGGAACGGCCCUUCCGCUGCGACAUGUGUCCGAAGGACUUCAUCUGCAAGGGCCAUCUGGUGUCCCAUCAGCGAUCUCAUACCGGCGAGAAGAACCACCACUGCCCGCAGUGCAGCAAGUCGUACGUUGAGCGUGGCAACAUGCUGCGGCACAUGAAGAAGACCCAUCCGGACGCGGUGAUACCGGUGCUGCCCAAGUUGCCACACAUUAAGGUGGAACCGAAGUCCACCGGUGAGUACUUAUCUCAGCCAACGUCGGUGGUGACGUCCCCGGCUCAGGCUUCGUCCACAAUCACAUCGAUCAUCCCCAAUACUCAUCCAUCGCAGCACCAUCACAUUCAACCGAAAAUGGAACAGAAAUCUCAGAUACAUCAUCUUCCGAUUCCCCAUCAGCAUCAGGCUCACCAGUUGCACCACCACAUCUCGGCGCCGAUGCAUCUGCCCCCACCAAACCCCCAACAGUUGGCAGCGCUCGCCCUGCAUCAUCAGGUGGCCCAGCAACAACAGCAACAACAACAAUCCUCACCCUCAACGGGCCGACCACAGCCUUCUCCUCGUACAUCACAUCCGCCGCAGCAGCAGCAGCAGCCGCAUCCACAGCAACAGCAGCAGCCGGGGCCGCCCCAGGUCCCCCAGGGCCCCCCGGGCCCCCCGGAAAACCCACAGCAGGGCCAACUGCCGCAGCCGCAGCAACCGGGCCCGGGCCCAACUGGACCCCUGCCACCACCACACCAUACGGUCCCGGUUACUAUUAUAACCCACGCUGGCACAAUUAAUCCGAUGCCGGACGGCCUGAACAAUCGGGUUGGCACGAUUCAGAUGCACCACCUGAAUGCGGCCCAGUCGGAGGAACACACGGUGGUUUACUGAGCCAGUAACCAGGAAACAUUAACACGUUUGUAGUAGAAUGCGCAUGCGCUCCUAUGACUCCAAUGACGACAACACAAAAGCAAACGAUGCGUUCAACUUAAAGAGGGAGGAUUUAAAAGUACAGAUUUGCAAUUAGUAGUUUUUAGAACAGAACAAACACACCUUUCUAGGAGGAACAUUACUUGUAACCAGUAAUAGACAUAGUGGAAAACUUGUAUGCGACAAAAGGAAAAAAGUACUAAAAACAAAUAUGUAAUUAUACAAUUAUAUAUACACAAAACAACAGAAAACAAACAAUAACAAAAUGAUGGAUAACAUAUUGGAUCGAUAUCAGAUAUCGAUGAAAAACUAACUAAAAGUAAUAAGGUAAACAUAAUAUAUAAAAAAAAAACAAACAGCAAGAGUUGGAAGAACAGACACACAAAAUAACGGUAAUAUAGAGAAAAGUAACAAAAUUGAAAAUAUGCUAAAAGUGGACAUAUUGAGAUAAUAUAUAUAUUGUAGUGGCAACAAAUCCAACACAAAGCAAAACUGACUGUUUACAACGUUCUUUUUUGUUCGAUACGUGCAAACAGCAGCAGCCAGUCGUGAUAGAGAGUAACCCAACAGACACCGUUAUAAAACAAAACAAAACAUAAAGCAGUGAAUAAUGAAUAAAAACAAAACAAACAAAAACCCUUAGGUAAAGCUAUUACAAGAUGAUCAUAGAAACCAAUACUUAAGCAAGUAAGCAAAUUGUUGAAAAUAGGUGAAAUAAACAAAUAGUAAUUGAUUUUACCCCGCAGUUGAAUAAAGUAAAACAAGUUAAUCAGAGAACUGAACGAAGGAAGGUUGCUGGACAAACUCAAGCGAAAUAAAAAAAAACUAAAAUUGGAACACACGUUUUCGGAAAGGGAAAUCAAAAGAGAUAGGAUGCAAGUUCGAUUCGAGCCUGAACUGCUGAAGCAAAGGAUGAAAUGAAAAAAAAAACAACAACAGUUGCGAACAAAGUAAGGCAACACUAAAUGAAUAGUACAACAAUAUUAAACAGUAACUAUUAAUUAGUAGAGAAACAAAAAAAAAAAAACAAAUGAUCGUUUGGAAACUAAGAGCACCACAAACUUGAGGGAAGUUUUAAUAGAAAACACAAAAUGAGAGAGAGAGAGAGUGCGUAUUCAACACAAACAAAGUCAUACUAACUUCAUCCUCUUCGCGCCCGUUUAACAAACAUACUAACUGGAAAAGUCGCCAUAUUUGCUGCCGCCAUAAAUGAAGAGAACGGACAUUGGAAAAAUAACUUGUCACUCCAUCAACACACCAACACAACAACUCUGUAAUAGUCUUACACCUAGAAGAACUCAAUUCAUCAUCACCACCACCACCCCAUCAUAUUUUACCAGAACCGAACGAUACACAAACAAUAGGUACACUGAUUAUAAUUAGCCGAGAGCGUAUCCGCACGCACCUGCGGUAAAACUCAAACCAAUACAAACACCGAUCACAGACUCAGCACACAUACACACACUCUCAAUAGUAGCGUGUAAUAGAAUGGAAAGCAAACACAAUAGAACAUAACUAACCCCUUCAAUUUCCCCCAGAAAAGAAAAACAGCAGAACAAUUAUUUUUCUACAUGUCUUGUGUGUUUUUGUAAUACUGAAUAAUGAAGUGUGAGAGAAAGAGAAGUAGUGAAGAGAGGGAGACCCGACGACGAUAGAAGGAGAGCGAUUGAGAUUCGUUUUUUUCCUCACUGAUUUUUCACCACAGAACAGAACAGGUUUUCAUUUUCAAUCACUUUCUAUGCCACUAUCGUGCAAAUUCGCGUCGAAAUACGUGGAUUGGCGCGCGUGCACACAACCCAGCAGCAGGAGGAUUUUUCUGCAAUUGAGCACAAAAGUUCGCCUCUGCCGCCGUGUGCUUUAUUUAACCAUAACUUAACAAUAGUUCCAUAGAAUCUAUAAACAAUAGUAACCAGUUUUAUCCACACACGCAUACUACGCAAUAGAGCAUAACUUUGCGGGAGGUCGGUUCCGACGGGGCUGCCUACCUAGGUCCCAGUGGGAAACGAUUCCCCAAACAGCUACAAACUAUACUAAUUUUAAUUCAUACAGAAUAAAAUAGUCAGGAAAAGAUUCUUCUUCUGAUAAUAAACCAGAGAAAAAAAAUGUAACUGAGAGAGAUAAUAUAAAUGUAAGCUACAAGAGCCCCCAACCCUAACUAAGGCAGUACUGUUGAUAUAGAAAGACACUCACUUAAUUAGGCGACCGACAAAGAGAAAGAGAGAGAUAGAGAGAUAGAGUGAGUGUUUGAACCCACAACAACUGAUGUAGAAACAGAGAGUUUGAAUUUCAACCCCAGAUGUAGGCAUUGAAGUCUUUUGUUUAACAUAUUUUCACACUACGAUUUGAGUUGCAUUUUUUACCGUUUUUUCUUUGAUAUAAGCACAACCAUAACAAUAAACAAACCAACAAACAAUAAGCAGAUCAGUAUAGAACCACCGUAAACUACAACAACAAACAAACCAACAACAACAACAACAGCAGCAGCAGCAUUAGAAGCAAACCAACAAACAAACAAUAGGAAGAGUAAUACAAACUUGUAUACCAAUAACUCAGCAGAAACACAAACACACUCACUGUCAAUAUGGGGGGUACCGGAUCAAACCCGGAACCCCGCACAGCAAUAGCAGAAUCAAACAGGGGGAAGCUCGGAACGGCAGAUGGUAGUCUGACUUCCGGGCUUCCGCAGCAGGACAAAUGGACAAUUUCAAUCGUUCUAGGGUUUAUUUGAUUAAAUCGAUUUUCGUUUCACUUUUGCGUUGAUUUCAUUCAUACUCACAAAGACUCUUUAAAACCAACGAUUUUCGUUUUGAAUUUUUCGUUUUGUUUUCAUGCAAAUUCCAUCGAAUGACAAACAUCUUUAGGGCGGCCAAUUUGAAUAGUUAUAUUCCGCGCGUUUCAACUUACAGGCUCAUUUCGGACUUGGGCAAUAAUGUUUCAGUAGUUUUACCGAAUGAAA